AAUAAAAUAUUACUCAAAAUCAUACACAAAGUUACAACUCUUCGGAAAUGUCUCGUGGUGGUCUUGUUUUUAUUUUUUUAAUUGCGUGAUUUUUAUGGAAAUUCUCUAAUUCUAAUUUUUGUUAAAUUCAAUGAAAACUUAAAAAUUCUAAUGUACACAAACCAUCACCAUGGCUAUGAGACGACCGCGAAUAAAAGUGCAAGCGAAUAUUGCAUUAAAUUCGAAGCGUAAGCCCAAAGUAGCAGAUGUGAAAAGUGAAAAUGCUCCAACAAGAAAUGAAACAUGUCCGUCUGAAAGCUCUAAAGGAACAACAGAAGAGGAAGUAAAGUUAGCCAAGGAACCAGAAAAAACGCAGGAUACCACCGCGAAAGUUAGUGAAAGCAGUCUGGAUGGCUUGGGUGUAGGCCAAGAAAAUGCGACUGCAGAAAAAGAGGUUAAUUCCGCUGACUCGAUAAUCGAUGCAAUUGACACGACUGCAAAUGAUAAAAGCCACAAUGACAAACCAGAAGCAACAAAUGAUGCCCAGUGUACAGAUAAGGGCAAUGAAGAUUCUAUAAAUAGCCCAAAGACUGGAAAUGCCAGCAACAACAAUACACAGAAAGAUGAACGCAACGAUUCGAGCACAUUUAAAUGUCCGCCCAAGGUAGGAUAUCAACGUUCCACGAGCCAUACAUCGAAUAAUAAUGGAACAGAUGAUGUCUUCUAUUCAGACAUUGAGGAGAAUGCACUGCAAAUGGAUCUGCAAAAAACCAACAAUGACUUUCCCAUGUCUCCCUCCAAAAGUCAACAAUCCAGACAACGCAUUAAAGCAACACCCGUUUUUGGUCAACGACGCAACAGCUUUGUGGGUUCUUCGCCCUCACCUCACACUGCCACAGCAAAUGAUGAGUGUCCUAGUGGGGAAUUUCAAAUGCCCACACCAAGAAGAGAAAGACACUUGUCCGGGUCCAUGAGCACACAUUCAAAUUCCAGUUCGUCCCACAAUUAUCAUCACACUCCCCACAAGUAUCUACCAAAUGGAGUCAUGUCGGCUGGUAUGGCUCGUGUGCGCACCGAAUCCGGUUGCUCGGUAUUUUCAGACUCAAAUGUUAGUUUACACAAAAGCCGUCGUGCCGAUGAACACAAACUUAAUUUAAAACGAGAAUUUGAAGCCCGCUUUUCGAAUGGCGUCCCCGACAAAUCGGCCUUGAAAAUGUCCGAUCUUAUAUUUUACAAUCCCUCCACCAAUCCAAUGGAACAAAAACCCAAUCCUAAUAUUAAGCUAGAGAGCGGUGAUAAGAAUACAGGUGAAGAUAUGAAAAAAGAAGGAAACGAUGCCGAUAAAAAUGAUGCUGAAAAAGAAGAUGCCAUGCCCGUGCCACAGCUAAAACUGAAUUCAAAUGGUGAGCUAAUUUUGGAUGAUAAAUCGUUGGUGAUUGAGACAACGGCAGAACAGGAGGCUCGUAAGGUUUUGGCCAAUUCUUCGCUAAUAUAUUUAGAUGAAAACACCGGCAUGAAUGGUUUCUAUUCGAGGCAGAAACGUACACGCGAUUGGCCGCCAGCGGAAACGGUUAAAUUCUAUCGUUGCCUGCAAACUGUGGGCACCGAUUUCUCACUAAUGGUACCGCUCUUUCCAAAUCGAUCUAGGAGAGAUUUAAAGCUUAAGUUCAAAAAGGAGGAACGCAUCAAUGGUAGUCUGAUCAAUAAGGCUCUGUUAUAUCCGAAAAAUUUCGAUAUUGAAGAACUUAAAAAGCUGAUAGAAGAGGAAGAGAAACAGCGUGAGGAGGAAACAGAACGACUGCGCCAGCUCAGGGAGUCUGCUAGUAAAUCUGUUAGGAAGCGCAAAAAUGCCCGAAGCCAUGCAGAUCGCACUCUAAAGGCAGGUGAAAUUUACCAAAAUGAAAACAAACCCGUUCCCAAAAAGCCAAGACGAUCAAACAAAUCCAAUAAUGGACAACCAAAUCAGGUGAUGACACCGCCCCAAACUGAAACACCAUCACAGGCCAUUACUGAGGACCAGUUGUCCCAUAAUCACGCAACCACAUCCGCCACAAUAUCCCUCACAUCCACCUCUAAGGAAGACCAAACAAUUUCUCAUGACAUAAAGACCGAAGGUGAUAAAGUACGGCGAAGGCGACGGCGUGGACCAAACAUUAAAAAGGAAAAGGCCUCUGUGCUGCCUCAGCAUAAUGGUGUGGAUGAGGUUGUGCACCUGCCGGAAGAUCAUGGCAUAAACGCAUCAUCAAUUAAACUUGAAAAUGUUAAAAAUGAACCAAUUCACAUGUCUUUAUAUGCCACCAAAACUGAGUACUGCAACGAGGAUGACGAUGAACAAAUUGAAAAAGAUGUCAAUCUUUUGUUACAUUCCGAUAUGAAUGAGGAGGAUGAACUGCCGUCGACAAGCCAUGGUUCACCCCUAAGAAGAACUUUAACAGUGCCAAUUACAGAAUCUCCAGAUUCUUCGUCAUCAAAUUCCAGAUGCCUUGUCAUCGAUGAUAACUAUUGUGAUGAACCCAUGGAUAUUGAUUUGCCAUAUGAGGGUCGUACCUUUGUUAAUUUGGAUGAUGGUUCAUUUACAACAUUGGAGACAAGGCGAUCGCCGGCAUCGCCACAAAAUUAUGAAAACGAAACGAGCAUUAUAAGUCAGCCCACACCAUCACCUUCACCGCCAGCAACUUCUCAACUGCCUCACCCACUUUCACAGCCGCCGCCUCAAUCACCACAACAGAAUUAUCAUCCAUCACAAUCACCACGUAAUAACACAUUGGGCCCGGCCUCCCCAGAUCUAGCAUGCCAAGAUACCAGCUCGUCGUUUACCACAGAUCGUGAACUCAACGAACAGGACAUACAACGUAUACUCACCGAACUGGCUGAAGGCUCCCUGGUGCUUGUCUCCACGCUGGAUCCCGAUGAUCCGGAUAAAGUUCUAAACGAAAUCUUUAUGGUGGACAAAAACACCGGCGAUUUGUGUGAUGAACCCCUAAAUAUACCCGAUAAUAUUGUGCAGUGCAUUUUAUCUGUGAUGAGCUAAGAAGAAUUUAAGGACAUUAUUGUUUAUUUUAUUUUUUGCUGUUCUAUUUAAAUGUCUUGACUUUUCGAAGCUUGAAAAAAUUCGUUCUUAUGUUACAUU